GGCGAGGGAUGCAGCCGCCGGAUGCAUUCGCAAAGUCCCCCGCGGCCGCGUCGCCGGCCGUGCCGCCGGCGGGGCAGCCGCUGGCGGUCGCCGAGGGCAGGCGCUUCCGGGGCACGAUAAAGUCCUUCAACGAGGGCGCCGGCUUCGGCUUCAUCUCAUGUCCUGAGACUAGGGAGCCGCUGCCAGAGCCCGGCCGCGCUCCAGCGCGGCCCGCCCUGCACACUCCAGCCACGGCUUCGAGCAGCGAUAGCGGGGCUGCCGGCGGCGUGUGGCUGUGGGUGCCAGACGAGGAGGCCCGGGUCGAGAAGACCAACGACAGGGUGCAGCGCAGGUGGCGCCACGUGGUGGCGAAGGUGCUGAAGCAGAAGUACCUGAAGGGUUUCUGGUCGGUGCUCGGUGAGUACCUCAAGUACAGGCAGGCCUUAGCCAGCCUGCAGUCAGCGGUGGAGGCGCUGAGGCUUCAGAAUGCACAGUUGACGCAGCAGGCCGAGCAGAUGCAGCAGCAGAAUGUUCAGAUCAGGACGGAGCUCGCUCGGCAGGUCCAGGCUCAGGGAGAUCUACCACGGCUGGCCGAGCAGCUCGGCGAUGCGGUGCAGAAGCUGUCAGAUGAAAGAAAAGAGAAGUCUUCUGCGCCGGCCUUUUCCCUUGUGGACACCAAGGGGCUGGGCAAGCCCUCCAUCUUCAAGAAUGAGGAAGCGAAGUUCCUGGAGUGGUACCGCAAGACGAACGCGUACCUGACGGCAGUCUUCGGAGAGCAGUUCCGCAAGCUGCUGGAGUGGGUGGAGGAUCAGGCGCAGGAGACCACGGUGAUUAGCAUGGAGGUUCUGGAGGCAAGGUUCGGCAGUGACGACGAUGACGAGGAUGAGUUCAUUCCAGACCUCCGCGAGAAGGUCAGCCAACUGUACGUCGCACUCCAGACGCUGACAGAAGGUGAGAGCUUUGCCCUAGUGAUGAACACUCCCAAGGGCAACGGCGCCGAGGCGAUGAGGAAGCUCAUCAGGCGCUGGGACCCAGCUUCGGGAGGCAAGCGCCGCAGUGUUCCUGCCUCCGAUGGGAUCAGCAGCAACAUCAUCAGCGAGGGCGCUCCGCCCUGGCCUCCCAGCGAGAGCGGCGGUGGCAUCCCGCUGAUCCGUGGCGGGCGCAGCGUCAUCGAGGCCUGCCGCCCAGUCACGCUCGGUAGCCUCGCGGCUGCGGUGUCCGAUGCUCGAAAUUUCCCGUGCGAGCUCAGACCGGGGUCCUCGUGA